AUGGAAGAACACAAAGAAGAUCAGCUAGAUUAUGAGUCAGAAAAAGUGGAAAUCUUAAGACUGGCCCAGUCAAAGAAGAACAUUAGCAGUUUGAACAUGGACCUUGAAAGGGACAUGCAGAAAAUAGAUGAAGCAAAUCAGGAACUUCUUCAAAAAAUCCACGAGAAAGAAGCUGAGAUUCAGAGACUAGAGAGUGAGAUCACUCAGACCAAAGAUGUGGCAGAAGAAGAAGAGUGGGAGAAGGAGAACUGUACCAUGAUGGAAAGGGAGAAAGCCUUGCAGGAGCUGGAAGAAGAAACAGACAAACUCGAAAGGAAGAAUGAGACUCUGGUUCACAGUAUAGCAGAACUUCAAAGAAAGCUCACAAGCAAAUCGCAAAAGACAACCAAGUAUGAUCAAAGCAUUCUAAAAGGGACCCCAGAAGAGUCAAAGGUUAAGUUAAAGCAGUUGGAAGCCUCCUGUGCAGACCAAGAGAAGCAGCUGACGAAGGUAAUGGAAGACUAUGCUUUUGUGGCUCAGCUCUGUGAAGACCAGGCCCUCUGCAUAAAGAAGUACCAGGAAACAUUGAGGAAAAUAGAAGAAGAACUAGAGACUCGGUUCCUUGAGAGAGAAGUGUCAAAAGUUAGAAGCAUGGAUUCUGCAAGAAAUAGCUGUAAGAGCCAAAAUAACAAGAAUACUUCUUUCCUGAAGAAGAUAGCACUAUUCUAUAAAAGAAUUUUUCGAUAUUUCUUUUUUACCACCCUAUUUUCCAUGAAACUGCUGGGCUACUUGAUUUUCCAUAUAAGUUUUAUAAAUCCAGACCUCCUCAUUAACAUACUGCCCAAAUUACUGAGCAGGGACAUCAUGUGGAGGCUCCGAUGCCUCCUCUUUCCAGCUCUGACACUUGAGACAGAGGACAUAUUACCUCACUAA